AUGGGGCUGGCAACGGUGUCUGCUGGAGUGGGGCUGCGGACCCUUCGGAGAUUGAUGCUGCUCGGCUGCCCCCCACUUCCUGGACAGAUGGCAACAAAGGAGCUGCACACGGGAGUAUCUCUCCAGCAGCAAGAAGAGUUUACCUCUCUUGAGGAAAAGAUGCAAUUCCCAGGUGCCUCGGCUGAGUUCAUAGACAGGCUUGAGUUCAUCCAGCCCAAUGUCACUUCGGGGAUUCCCAUCUACCGGGUCAUGGACCAACAGGGGCAGGUUGUCAGUCCCAGUGAGGACCCUCAGCUCCCCAAAGAGCAAGUGCUGAAAUUCUACAAGAGCAUGACCCUUCUCAAUACCAUGGAUCGGAUGCUUUGCAAGACGAAAAAGCAGGGUCGGAUCUCGUUUUACUUGACCAACUCUGGAGAGGAAGGUGCGCAGGUUGGCAGUGCGGCCGCCCUGGAGGACACUGACGUGGUCUUUUCACAAUAUCGUGAAGCAGGUGUGCUGAUGCACAGGGGGUAUCCUCUGGACCUCUUCAUGGCACAAUGCUACAGCAAUGCCAACGACCCUGGGAAAGGCCGCCAAAUGCCCGUGCAUUACGGCUGCAAAGAUUUGCACUUUGUUACCAUUUCGUCCCCGCUAGCUACGCAAAUCCCCCAAGCUGUUGGCACUGCCUACGCCAUCAAGAAGGAGAACGCCAACCGGGCCGUGAUCUGCUACUUUGGGGAGGGCACUGCCGGUGCAGGGGAUGCCCAUGCGGGCUUCAGUUUCGCUGCCGCUCUCGAAUGCCCUGCAAUUUUCUUCUGCCGAAACAACGGCUACGCCAUCUCCACUCGAACAUCCGAGCAGUACCGGGGUGACGGAAUUGCUGUCCGGGGUCCUGGUUACGGCAUCCCCUCAAUCCGGGUGGAUGGCAACGACGUCUUUGCGGUGUACAACGCCACCAAGGAGGCCCGGCGCCGUGCCGUGGCACAGAACCAGCCGUUUCUCAUUGAAGCCAUGACCUACAGGGUUGGGCCCCAUGUCUCAUCUGACGACAGCUCUGCCUACCGCUCCAUGGAAGAAGUCAGCUAUUGGGAAAAAUAUAACAACCCCAUUUCUCGUCUCCGUCACUAUAUGGUGGGCCGAGACUGGUGGGAUGAGGAGCAGGAGAAGAGCUGGUGCAAGAAAUCCCGCAAGAAGGUCAUGGAGGCCAUUGAGAAAGCUGAGCGCAAGCUAAAGCCCAGACUUCAGUUCCUCUUCUCCGACGUCUACUCUGAGAUGCCCAGGCACAUCCAGAAGCAGCAGGAAUCCCUAGAGUGUCACCUGAAGCAAUAUGGCGAACAUUAUCCCCUGGACUGUCAUGAGAAGUGA